GCUUCGUGUCUCAAUUCAGCGGUAAUCCGAGCACAACUAUGGCUCCGAAUUAUUUUCAAAAGCCCGAAGCGGCAUUGAAACGCGCCGAAGAACUCAUUCAAGUUGGAAAAGAGUCCGAUGCCCUUGACACGCUUCAUGAUACUAUCAAGGCCAGACGACACAAGCAAUGGACAACUGUUCACGAACAAAUCAUGAUUAAGCACAUGGAAUUGUGUGUAGAUCUGAAGAAACAACACUUGGCAAAAGAUGCUUUGUUUCAAUACAAGGCUCUAACUCAACAGAUCAAUGUGAAAUCUCUCGAAACAGUUGUGGUGCAUUUUUUGAAACUCGCAGAGCAGCGUACUGAAGAUGCUCAAAAACAAUCGAUCGAAAAAGUCGAAGAAAUUGGAGAUCUUGAUCAAGGAGAUGUUCCUGAACGCCUUCUUCUUGCUGUUGUUUCUGGAGCAGCUGCUCAAGAUCGAAUGGAUCGUACUGUUCUUGCACCAUGGCUCCGUUUUCUCUGGGAUUCUUACAGAAAUUGUCUGGAAUUGUUGAGAAACAACGCCCAAGUUGAACAACUCUACCACACCAUAUCUCGCCACUCUUUCACUUUCUGUCUCAGAUAUCAACGUAGAACAGAGUUCCGAAAGCUGUGCGAUCUCCUCCGUAUGCAUCUGAAUCAGAUACAAAAACACCAAUAUGCUCCAAAUGUAAACUCUUUCCGUGUGAAACUCACUUCUCCAGAAUCUCUAGGUCUUAUGCAAGACACCAGAUUGAUUCAAUUGGAUACUGCGAUUCAGAUGGAGCUCUGGCAAGAAGCUUACAAAAGCGCAGAAGACGUUCACGGAAUGAUGCAGCUUUCAAAAGACAAAGACAAGAGAACGGUAAAACCUGCAAGCUAUGUCAAUUAUUAUGACAAACUUGCAUUGGUGUUCUGGAAAGCAGGAAACAGUUUGUUCCACGCCGCCGCCCUUCUUCAAAAGUUCAUCAUUUACAAAGAUAUGAAGAAGUCUUUCACACAGGAUGAAGCACAAGAACAGGCUACUAGAGUGCUUCUCGCUACUCUUUCCAUCCCAGAAGGAUCAGAUUCGCCAUCUGAUUUGUCUCGCAACCUUGAUAUUGAGGAUCAACAUGUAGCCAACAUGAGACUUCUCUCAAAUUUGCUUCGUCUUCCAAUUGCUCCAACUAAAAACGGAAUUCUCAAGGAAGCCGCACGGAUUGGAGUACCAGAAGCUGCUGGACAAACCGCCAAGGAUCUGUACAAGCUUCUUGAGAGUAAUUUCUCACCAUUAAAAGUAGCUAAGGAUGUUCAAUCUGUUCUUGAUACUGUCACUCGCCCUGACCAUCUGCAAUAUGUUGAGUCUCUUCAAGCAGUUGCUGCUGUGAAGGCUUUGAAGCAAGUAUCUGUCAUCUACGAAGCUAUCAGCUGGGAACGAAUUCGAAAGAUUAUUCCAUUUUACUCUGACUUGGCAUUGGAGCGUCUCGUCGUUGAAGCAAGCAAACAUAGAAUUGUGAAAGCUCAAUUGGAUCAUCGUGCUGAUUGUGUUCGCUUUGGAUCAUCCGAUGCGACAUUGGCCGGAGGAGUCGAUGAAUGCGAUAACAACGAAGGAUUCACUGGAGAUGAUACUCAAUUGGGAGUGGAAGGUGUUCGUAAUCAUCUUGAAGCAAUGUAUACACGUCUUCGUGGUCUCGUUGAAGGACUCGAUGCCGAAAAACGACGCAAAGAGAUUCUCAAAAAGAUUGAAGGACAGGUCACUAGUUAUGAAAAGAACCGACCAACUGAAAUCGAGCGUAUCCACCGUCGCAAGAAGAUGUUGGAGAACUACAAAGAGAACUGGGAGCGUGUUAAGGCUGAAAAGACUGCUGCGGCUGCAACUGAACAAGCUAAACGUGAGGAAGCAGCUCGUGCUGAGGAGAUGAAGAGAUUGGAUGAGCAGAACAAGGAGAGCGAACGGAAAAGAAAGCAAGCAGAACAGGAUGAGAUUCAGAAGAAGAUUAAGCAAGAUCAGCUCUACAAAAUGCAGCAGAACGCCAUCUACCAAGAAAUUAUCAAAGAAAAGGGUCUCGAGCAAUUCAGAGACAUGGAUCCCGAGCAAGUGCUGCGUGAGCAGAGAGAACGAUUGGAUAAGGAGCGUGCCGAAACUCAACGUCGGUUGCAACAACAAGAGAAGAACUUUGACCAUCAUGUUCGCGCUCUUCACUUGGAAGAGUUGAACGAGCGUCGUGCAGUGAUGAAUAUGCGACUCUCUGAAGCUCCAAAACUUCACGAUUUAUACGAAGAGGCUAGAAUAGCCAAGGAAAUUGCUGCUCAUGACUCACACGUCAAACUAUGGGGAAUGUGGGAUCAAGUGCGAGACGCUACUUUUGAUUGGGUCGAGUCGGUGAAAAUCGACAACCAGGAAACUCUUGAGAAGAAGUUGUCUGAUUGGCAAGCGAAGCUCGAGGCAGUUCGUAAUAAUCGUCUUGCCGAACGUGCUGAGGAUCGUAAGAAGAAGCGAAAGGAAGAUGCUAUUCAGGCGAAGAUUGCCGAAGAACGUAAGAAACGCGAAGAAGAGGAGCGUGCCCGUCUCCAAGUUAUCGAAGGACAACGUCGUCAACACAAUGAUGGUCGUGGUCGUAGAGAAAUGGAGAAUUCGGUUGCUAUGCAAGACAAUGAUUGGAGACGUAACCCACCACGUGAGAGUUUGCCUCCAAGAGAAACGAGACCAAUGCGUGAUGGACCAACACGUGAACCUCGAGAAUUCCGUGGAGAUCGUGAUCGUGAACCUAGAGAGCCAUUCCGUGAGGUGCCAUCUUCUAAAGCUGAUACUGACAACUCUUGGAGAAGUUCUGCUCAACCAACUCGUAAACCUGACGAUCGCCGCAGCGACGAGUUCCGGCGCAACGAUGAUGUCCGUCGCAACGACGAUGUUCGCCGCAAUGAUCCACCCCGUCCAGCAUCGAAGGCUGAUACUGGGGAUAAGUGGGAACGAGGAGUGAAGCCAGUCGUUUCUCCACCAAAGACCGAUGCCCCAUCAGUUUCUGAACCGAAAUCGGAAGGACCCAAGAGGUUCGUGCCACCCCAUCUUCGAAACAGACAAGGAGGUGGUGGAGCAGGUGGUUCCGAGGAACAAUCCGCUCCUGCUAGAUCUGGAAAUUCCAAUGUGACAAGCCCACCAGACCGGGCUCAAGGACUCCGAGGCCCACCACCAACUGGCCGCAACUCGUUGCCUCGUCGUGACGGACCACCACCACGGUCUAACAACACUGGAAACACGGGAAAUGCCGAUAGUGGAAGUUGGAGAAAAUAAACACAUGCUCAAUUUGUGCUGAUUCCAUAUCCAAUUUUCAGAAAUUACUCGAAUGUCCUUAAAAUUAGUAUCCUGGUUGAUUUUUCUGUCUUUUUUCCUGUUUUGGUUAUCCUUCCCCCACUUUCUCUCUAAUUAUAAAAUCACACGCAUCUAUAAUCAAUUGUUUCGUUAACUUUCUUGGUGUUGUUAUUUAAAUUUCCCCGAAUCCCCUGUUGACCCUCAUUGAGAAUUCCUAUAUUCUCUUCACAUCCAUCUUUCCGUAAACCCCAAUUGUUUGAGUAUUUAUGAGUAAUGAUAUGAAUAAAGACAUAUGUAGCUG